AUGAUGCUCAAUUCGGACCAGACGGAGAUCGACCUGCCCCCGACACACUCCGAGUCCGAGUCCGUCUUCAGCGACUGCGGCCGUGCGGGCAGCGCGGAGGACGGCAGCAGCGUUGGCUUGUGCUCCCAGUCCCGGGUAGCGGAGCCGGGCGAGGCCGUGAAGAAAGACCUGCAGCACCUGAGUCGGGAGGAGCGCCGGCGGCGGCGGCGUGCCACGGCCAAAUACCGGACAGCCCACGCCACGCGGGAGCGCAUCCGCGUCGAAGCCUUCAACAUGGCCUUCGCCGAGCUGCGCAAGCUGCUGCCCACCCUGCCGCCGGACAAGAAGCUCUCCAAGAUUGAGAUCCUCCGCCUGGCUAUCUGCUACAUCUCCUACCUGAACCACGUGCUGGACGUCUGA